AUGGCUUCUGUGCCGCGUGGCCAGGUGAACUUAGAGAAAUUUCGCGCUAGUUGGACUUCUCUUUACACUCCCCACCGCGUACUAAGCCUCACAAAGACGCUCUUCCUCCUCUUGAGUGCUUUCGUUCGCCAGCGUGCAUCGACGUUCAUUUCCGCCAUGGCUGAACAAGACUUUGGUCCAAGCUAUCACGACUCUGCUCAAAAGUUAACGGAGCUCGGCGCUAACCCUCCAACGAACACUUGGGAUUCCGCUGAGGUCGACGCAUGGUUGCUCAACGCCCACUCCAACUGGGUUACUUGCGAUACGACGUGGAGUGCGGUAGAGGAUGUCGAUGAAGAUGACUGGUCUGAACUCGAAUUCGCUGCACUAUCGUGCCUUCAACAUUUUCCUCGGAAACUCGUGUCUCAGGCGCGAGCAGAGUUUAAUGCGAUGCUGGUGUUCUUCGACAAGUAUAACAUCACUGUUAGUCCUCUCGUACUUCGUCCGGCCGUGUCUCGUCAGUCGCGUGCACCUUCGAUGGCUCUCGGUCGCGGGCUUAGUCAAACACCUCGACGCGAACGUCUUCAAGACAAAUCAACGCCUGCUCCUCCAUCGAAUACUGGCGCGUCGACUUCUAUUAUUCAGCAGGAAGUUGUACCGGCGCAAUCAAGACACACGACUUCAAUUCCUCCGUCUCCCAAGGGGACGGCUACUCUCCAUGAAAAGCCCAGGGAACCGACUCCCGUGCCUUCUCCAGUAACAGAAAAGACGCCUGUACCUCCAGCUUCAAGACCUCCAACGCCUCGUCGUUCUCCUUCAAAGGAGAAAACUCCAGUCUCGCCGGUGUUCAAACCUACUCCCCCCCUCUUUUCAACGUCGAGAAAGGCGUCGCCAGUACCACCUGUACUGGAUAAGCAGUCGAUAUCUGCUCAAGAUCUUUUCGAUGCGCCAACACCUCCUGCUGCUCAUGGAGCCAAAGACCAAGGCGUAGACCAAUCAGGUCCGCCUGCUGCCAAUGACGUUCGUCCUGGUUCAGCUGGUCCUUCUCUUUUCUCUACGCCGGCUGGGUGGGGAACUUCUGCCUGGUCUCCGCCGCUUUCACAACUAAACUCCCCUUUUGGUAGUCAAAAUUCUGCUUUGCCUUCAACGUUCGAUUUCCAUUUGCCGCAAGAUUCGCCUCUUCGUCGUCCUACCAGGCCCUCUUUUGUGGAGGAAGCUUUGUCUUCCUUCAAAGACUCCAAGGCCUCAGUCACGAAGGAACCGAGUUCGUCCACUGGUGUCCAAGUCUCGGACUUGAUCACUCUCAAAGUGCCGCCCCUUCGUCGUGUUCCGUCUCCUGCGGCCUCUCAGCCUGACGAAGUCGAGGAUACGACUAUGAACAAUGCCAAAACUCCGCCGCCCCUUCCAGAGGACGAAACUAUGGACGUCGACUCUCCUCCUCCAACUCGUCGCAUUGCUAAGACUUCAAAGCCUGCGCCCAAUCCGAUUUUCGAAGACUCUAUCCCUGAUAACGAUGACACCGUCGUCAUUCCUUCCCCUCGAACGUUUCGCGACCGUACAAAGCACGCGGUUAUUAAGCCUGGAUCCAGGGUUAUCAAGAAGACGUCGUCUAAAGGAAAGGGUAAGGCCGUAGAAGUCCAAGUUCCUUCUUCAAAGAAACGCAAGGUUUCUGCCAUCGCGGAAGACGAGGAUACCCAGACACCACAGUUUCCUGACGCCAAGCGUACGCGUGGACGAGCCAAGAACGAACCUCCGCCUCCUACUCGAGGGAUUUCUGGAGGAGGUUUCGGAGAGCCAGUUCCCAAAGGCAUGACAGAGGUCUCGAAGCCCCGUACUUCAAUGGGCGUUCUCAUGCUCUCCAAGGAUUUUGGUUCGCAUGUCGAGGUGGAUGGACGACUUUGGGCUGCUGAUAUCGCUCCCUUCGUCUUAGAAGCUUAUUCCUACUCGUGUGACCGGUGCAAGAAGGCCGGGACUCAUUGUCGUGCCCUGCAGCGAUCAGGCUGCGUCUGUGCAAGAUGUGUCUAUACUAAAAGCGCUUGCACCUUCAACGGCAAGAAGUUACUUUGCCCUCGUAUUCCAUAUCGUCCGGAUCCUGUCCAAUACGAUGCUAUUGUCGGUGCUCGCAACUUGAUUGCCCAGCAUAUGGACGCAAUUGCUCGGAUUAUUAGCGACAUUUUCCGCGCCUCAAAUUUGCAAGAACAUGUCGAUGGACUUCGGGAUUGCGUCAAUUCGCUAUGGGGUGCGGAGGCUCUGGCCGAGGUCAUGGCUGAGGAUGAGGGAAUUGAGGAUACGGAGGCUGUUGUCGAUGAGGAGGUGGAUGAGGACGGGGCGGGCCCUUCUACUACUUGAUCACAAGUUGAUUAAGUCCGAUCUCUUGGGAGCUAGGCUCCGUAUUAUUUUUGAAGGAGUUGAAUAUCGCGCGCCCUUGGGGCAAAAUUAUAUCAGACUUGC